UUCAAGAAGCUGGUGGGGCUGAUGCUAUGGCGAAGCACAUUCUUCAGACUGUGAAGUCUGGAUGCAUUUUAAUUUUACCCAUGGCAUUUGAUGCCUUGCUCUUUGUUUACCCUGGGGAAGACGCGGACGAGCUGGGCAUGGUUGUGGUCAGCGUGAGAGGGACAUGCAAGUUUGGCAGUUCCGGAAAGAAAGUCUUGGAAGGUGGCGGGUUGAAGAAACCUGUGGAGAUGAGACAGUUUGCACAAGUCCCGUGCCAUCCAGCCAGAUGGGUUCAAAGAUCGACAUUCCUCUUGCCAGAGGCAGUCUAUUGGCUCAGUCUCCUUGCAACAAAAUCUUACCCACCACCAAAACCAAAUCGCAUCAAUCCAGCCAACAAGGCAGAGGAUGAAGGUUUCUUCUACGACUUUUUGGUGCCAUAUCUGAAAGGUCGGCCUUGUGACAUCACUUCACAUCGAAAGAUGAUUGAAAACAAUCCCUAUGGACAUGUGCGCUUUGGUCUUCAUGCCUUGGUUGUGCAUGCACUUGGACUUCCGCAUGUUGUAUCCAAACGCUUGAUGGUGUUUUUCCAGCUGUGCACUCUUCGCAACCUCACAGGUUAUUUUCAGAACCCAAAUGGCUUGGCAUCCUUACCCCAACCUGUGCUUGGCUGUUUGUUUGAAUUUCUUCCAAAACCAGAUGCAAAGCGUGUGGUGGAAGCCAGCAGGCUAUGGGGAUAUCAAGUGCUUCCAUCCUGCUUCGGCCAUGGGAAGUUGCAUCUGGAGAGGUUUGCGCAAAGUCACCCACGUCAUUGCCUCAAAAUGGAAGGGCUCUAUGAUCGCUUGCUGGAGACCAUGCAGGGUGUUGCCCGGAAGCUUUGCAAAAUUGUAUCCAGACAAGACCUGGAAAACCAUGGCAACCAUAGCUUUGCCAUGAUGGUGACGUCUGAGCUGCACCUGCUUCGAUCCAAGAUGUCCAAGGAAGGCGUUCUGGCUUUCCUGCAGGAGUCAAGGGACGACUCUUCGGAUUUGCAGGCUGCGCUCCAACACCUCCAACAGCAUGGAACCAUAGACGGAACCAUUCCAAUGCCGGCAUCCAUUUCUCAAUUCCUGCAAAAGGUCGACAUGGCCCUGCUUGCACCAGCAAACUCUGAAAGGCCAGAUGUCAUUCUCCACCCUCAGUCGUCCCGGUGUCCAGAUCUGCUGGACAACGACUUGUUGGAGUGGCUGGAUGCAGUGAAGUCAUGGAUGGAAGCAGCUGAUGAUGAGAAUCAUUUUCGUGUCGUUUUGCUGUUUGAAGAGAAGGUCUUGGACAUUGCGAUGUCGGGGGAUUCGCUUCUAGAUUGGCCCGUGGCUUACAUUACCAAUUCAAGCGAGGCAACUGCUGUGUGCACCAAGCUUUUUGGCACUCUGGAGGCUUAUGUCGCAGUGUGUGAAAAGCCGAAUCAGCCAUGGACAGCUUUGCGACAUUCUCGCAUUCUAUUGGUGGCUUGGACCAUGGCAUGCUUGCAAGAUGCAUUCCUUCGCAAACACAGAGGUGAUGCUUUCCGACACGUUUUGAAAGAUUUUGCUCCCCCGCUUGCAGCACAUACUUUGGAGCACUUGCUGAUUCCGGAGAAGAGAUGGAUGAGAUUGGGGCACAGGGUGGAAAUCUACUUGAAAAGCAACUCAAAUCUCAAACAUCAGCUGCUUGUGCCAGGGAGGGAAGGCUUGGGAGAUUUCUUGGCAUUGGCUGCAGCUGCAACAUCAUAUUUGCCAGAGGUCAGGAGAGCAUGGACAGAAGCUCGGGAGAAGGCACAGCAUGCAGAGAGGGAAUGGCAAGACCGGUCUGACCAAAAGGAUGAAUGGGCCAACAGUCUUGCACUUGCGAUAGAACAGGAUAAACAGCUUCUGCAGAUAUCGGAUCAAUCAGAUCAUCAACAACCUUGGAAGCGCCGAAAGACUUCACAAACCUUGAAACGAAACCUUGUUCAGGAGCAAAGCGGGUCAAAACGCCAGCGGCAAACGGAGGAAAGGUCACUACAGCGCCCAUUGCCAGCAAUCGUAGAGCCUCUCCCCAAGAUGUCGGACUUUGAAGCAGAAGCCAAAGCGAUUAUCUUUUCCACUCAUCUUCCUGAAGAGUUGUCGCUUCUGGGUUCUUCCUUUUGUUUGGCCCGCCACUUGUUGGAUUUUGAUGCUGGCCAUCCCUGUGAAGUUUCGCAACCGCCAGCAUUCUCGUGGCACAGCCAUUUCUUUGAAUUUUCCAGGAUGAGAGUGCCAAAUCUCCAGGCGGCCCCACGCUUCGAGCUCUUUGCCGAUUGCAAUCCCACAUACCGCGAUGGAAAGCAACAAGAAAAUUACUUCCAUCCCCUGAAGCAGAGCAUUGGCUUCUACCACCCUGACUAUGAGUUGGAAGGACUUCAUUUGUUAUGGCGUUGGCAAGGCGUGCUGUUGAACCCAUUUCAAACGAGCUGGCCGAAGCCAGGCGAACCACCAGAGCUCUAUCGAAUGGAAUUUCCAGACGAGAGUCAGGUGAGUGAAGAAUGGAUUUUGGGCUUGCCAUCUGAGAAUGAGGUCUUGGCCCAGAUGUAUUUGCCUUCACCUUUCAAGAACAUGAGCAAGGCGCAGUUCAGGUCGUUGGGUUUCGUUGCCAGCUUGCCACACCUACACCUUCGCAAGCUUUUACCAGCCUUGCAGCAAGGAGAGCUUCCCAUUGAAGAUCCACGAGUGAAGGUAUUGUGCCAACAGGUGCUUUACCGAAUGGGCCCAGCAGAUGUUGAGAAGUGUUUCUUAGGUCGUUGCUGCAAAGAAGAUCUCUUGGAACUUGCGGAUUGGCCUAGUGUGUUGGCUUUGUCUGAGCAGUUUCAAGCUCUAGAGGCUGAACGUGGAUCCAUAGAGGCCUUGACUUCUUUGAUGAUUUGCUGCAAUUAUCUGGCACAGUUUGGAGAAAACGGAAGCCAUCCAGCAGAAAAGGCCAUCCAAAUCUGCCGUCAGGUGCUGAAAUCUUGGGCUCAUGACGCGCGCCAGCGGUUUCGCACUCAAGACCAGCAGGCUCCAGAGGCUCAAGAAGUCAGGCAACGCUUUGCCAAACUCUUGCUUUGCUACAUACAGUCCUUUCGGCUUGUACCAGCAGAUGGCUUGCGUCCGGAAGAAGCUUUGGAGCUUGCUAAAGCUCGCGUUGAUUUGGAGCACUGUUUGGGAAUCAGUGGAGACCUCUUGGACGAGACGGACAUGGCCACAAUUAGUGAAAUCUGUUCCUUGCAUGAGAACCAACUUGCACACAGCAACAUUCUUGAUGAAUUGUUAUCCGAGUUUUUGCCACAGCUGAUCACAGUCUCCACAUGGCAGCCUCCAACUGACUCGCCAUUGGAAAUGUGGCGACUGGCAGAUACUGCAGGUGGUGUUGUGGCAAUCCAUCCCUCACGUGGCCUCUUGCUGUUCAACGGCAAGCCUGUGGGCUGCUUGCCUCGUGAAAUUCGGAAACAUCCCCAAUUUAAGGCCAUCUUCGGUGAUGUCGCCUUCUUCGCAUGGCCUCUUGCAAAACAGGGUGACCUUUUUGAAGCAGGCCCAGUGAAUAACAAAGGGUAUGUCUUCGGCUUGCUGCCAGGACAAAAGCUGUUGGUCCAGGAGAAGAGUGUGCAAUCAGAUACAGCCCUCACACUGCUGCCCAACGCUUACAUAGCCCAAGUCGGACUCAGGACAGAAUUGGUGGAGAAUUACGCCCAUUGGUUCUGCGAACGUGAAAGAAAGAUCUGGUUCCGGCCAAAGGAUGACGUUGAUGGUCGCGAGUACAGCAUUCAAGUGUCAGCCGGAUGCAAACAGGGAAAGCUGACCUGCACAUUGACACAUGCAAAAGAUUCAAAGAUGCAAGUGUUUCUUCCUUCAGAACCUGGACUGGCUCAUCUUGUGAAGGUUUUGGCCUUCAUCGAACCGCCUGAAUUCGUAGAGUACCUUGGGGAUUCUCAAGGCAAGCUUGCGGAGGUGCAUUUCCUUCGGAUGGGUCUGAAAUUCCUUCUUUGUGACAACGGACUCGCUUUGAAGUCGGCAGAUUUUCCAGGCCACCAACUGGCUUCGAAGCAGAAACUCGACAUGUUGCGCGGCUUUCGUUGCUUCUUGCUGCUUGAGGAAGCACGCCCAACGCAUCGGGCUUCUGAAACUUGGGCAAAGCCCGCUGGAUUGGUCGUUCUGCCCGAGGGCACCAUCGGCUUCAGUGGACAAGAAGAUUUUCUCCAUUGCGGAUUGCAGUUCCAAGGCUCCCGUCGAAAGUUUUCACUCUUCAAGAUCCAUUGGGAGGAUGGUCAGUUGGAAGCGAACACGACAGUUGGCAGACUGCAAGUCGCUUCUUUGCUUUGGGCUUGUGCCCGUACUGAACCGGAGCCUCUCUUUGGCCGGCCUGCGCGCUGGAAAGCAUUGGAGCUGCUGCGUCAGUGCUGGCAGAAUGAGCCCUUUGACAAGGCUUUCCAAGACAGCAAAAAACGAAGCAUCAAUGGAGCUGAAGUGGAUUUUGACCAACCUUGCACAAGGAGUGGCAAACCAGGCGAUCCUGCCGAAUAUUGGAUCCGAGCAGCUGCUCGUCGUGGCCUGGGCGAGGAAUGGCGGUUGCUGAAUGCCAGCGAAGAAGCCCAGGCAUUUGGUGCUGCCCCCGAAUUCAAGGAAAUUACCAGCCGGCCUGCAGCGGCAGCUUUCCAAUUCUCCGACUAUGCUACCAUAUCUCGGAAGAAGUUCUCUCCACCCAAUGCAAUCAGCGAUGGCCUUCAGACGUGGGUGAGUAGCAGGGUGAACAUGUCACUGCUUGCAUGUGGUUCAAGCCCAGACGGCACUGCGCUGACUUGGGUGGGAUGGCCACAGCAGCUUCCCUUACCUCCACAGAACGAACUGGCAUGUUUGUGGAGAAUAGCACAUGAAGAUGCAGACAGCUGCCGAAUUCUUCGCGCAAGACUGGGGUUUGCAUCCGUACUUGCUGCCAAACAAGGGGCACAGUCCAAGUUUCAUUGGCACGUGGCUCUUGCCUGCGCUAUGUCCUACUUCCCUGCCGCUUUUCCUCAGUUGCCAAAAUGGGCCCGAAGGGCUGUUUUGCAUCAGCCAUCAUCGGCAACACCUGAUACUAUCGCAGCAUACCUCCGUUCGUUCCAAUGCCUGGUAGCACGGACUGAAGAAGAGUGCCGGAGUGAAGAAGGAGUGAGGCCCACCAAAGCUGACAGUCGAUGCUGGCAGGAGCUCAAAAGGUUUGAGCAACGAGAGCUUCAGAGGUUUAAGGAAGUUGGAGCACGGCUGGAAAAAUGGGAUUUGUCGAUUAAGAACAAGGUCAAAGAAACUGGUGCCCAAAAGGUGCAACUCCGCUAUGAUCAAGAGUCCUUCAACCGAGAAGUCCGUGAGGUUACGACUGUGGCCUGCAAAGUGCAUCUGAGAUGUCAAGAGGCGGAGAUAUCAAAUGAUUUCAAGAGAAAGUGAUGUCCAGAAUCAGGGCAAAGUGUCA